AUGUGUGCAGGCUCGGCGCUGCGGCAGGAGCAGCGGCAGGAAUACGGGCAGGAGUUCCGGCAGGAGUUCCACCGGGAGUACCGGCGCUCGCUGCAGCGGGAGUUCGGCCCCGCUGGGACCUGCCCCGACCCCGCCGUGGCGGAGCGGCUGCGGCAGCGGCUGCAGCGGGAGCCGGCGCUGCUGGGGGCUCUGCAGGAGGACGCCCUGGCACUGCUGGCCCGGGGGCUGCGGGACCACCCCGACACCGGGCUGGCGCUGCAGGGCCUGGCCGGCGCCUUCCGGCUGCUGGAGCUGGCGGCCGUCAACCUCUACCUCUUCCCGUGGCGCCGGGAGUUCGGCACCAUCCAGACAUACUCCGGUGCUUACGUGCACCUGCUGCGCCCGGCGCUCCCCGAAGCCGACCUGGUGUGGAGUUUGGGCCGACUGGGCUACGAGCGGCAGGACCGGCACCGCCUGGCUGUGGCCCGGUUGCCCCCGGGGCCCACGCUGAUUGCUGCCGCUGUCGGCUUCCUCGCCUGCCGCCUGGAGUGUGAGAUCCUGGCGGAGCUGGCGCUGCGACUGCCGCGGCCCCGCGCCGAGGAACUGCUGGAGGCGCGGCAUCGGGCCGCGGGGGUCAAGGGGCACCUGGAGAUGCUGCAGGACCCGCGGACGCAGCGCGGGGCAGCUGCUGACUGUGGGGACAGCGUAGAUCUCUACCAGGAGAUGCCAGCCAGCCCCGAGGACACAGGGGGCAAGGACACAGCUCCCCCAGCGCUGUGGAGGGACCCUCAGGAUGUGCCCAAGAGGGGCUGGGGACGCUGCGAUGGUGCGCUUGGGCCGGAGCCCGUGCGCAGCGCUGAUCUGGACACCUCCUCUCACCUCUUCCCAGAGCAGGAGCCGGUGGGGACCGGCAGAAGUCCCCAGGUGCUGGGGGAGCACCGGGAUUGCCCCCAGGAUGCCCCAGAGCUGCCGUGCUACCAGCUGCACUCGUGCCUGCACCGGGGCAUGCUGCCCUCGUACUGCUGCAGCACCUGCCGGCAGCUGCACGCCGGCGGCUGUGCCACGGGCCGCGCCUGCCGCAGCCGGCACCGCGGCCAGGAGCUGCGCGGGGAGCGGCAGCAGCGGCUCUGGCUGCAGCGCACGGAGCUGGACAUGCUGCUGGCUGAGGGCUCUGCACCCUGCUCCUAA